AUGUCGCUUUGUCCGUCGUCGUCUCAUCAGCUUGUUGCAGCUGCAAUCGCUUUUCGACGUGCUCGUCGCAAAUUUCCGAAAGACUUUGGUCUCGAAAGCACGUCCGAACGCAUAUCUGGAAAUACAAAGGCGGAAACCGCAACAAGCUGCGAAGGAUCCAUUAAUCAAGCGAAAUCGAGCUCCAUGUUGAUGAGACGCGCGUGCAACUCGAAAUCCGAUCACGUUUAUCGCGAUUACGACCAUCAUUCCUACAGCAAGGACAAUUCGAUCAACUGCAGUUGUUGCCGGGCAAGAAACAACAGCGAGGACAUUUCGGAGCUGCAGGACGAGUGCAGCGGUGGAGAUGCAAUCGAUACAGUGCCGAGUAGAGAGCACGAGGAAUUCGUAGCUUCGGAGGCUGACCAUAAAGAUGAAUCUGUAAAAGUGACCGAGCGAGACAGAUGCGAGGUGUACGAACGCGGCGGGAAAGCUCAGCAUAAAAGCUGGCACGAUCAGAUGCGAGGUGAGAAUAGUCGAUUGUAUGCCCGGCAGUGCUGCUCGAAGGAGCACCCUGGAAUAAUAUCAGCCUCUCGUAAGCGAAACGACGAAAAACGCUGGGAGAGGAAGAACGGAAACGAAAACGACGACAACGACGAGGACGGUAGCGUGACCGUUAUCAAUCACAAGGACUCCAUGUGCAUUCUCGCUGAAAAAUAUAAAGUCGGCAGGAAAUGCCGCGGCAGAAGGUGCGGGGAUAAGGUGCGAUCGGCCGACAGGACGAAGGGAGGCAGGGACAGGGCUGGGUGUAACAAAUCGUUGACUUCGAAAAUCAUCGAUCAGCCGGAAUCGCCGCUCGAAAACGCUGUUCCGCACGGCAGACCGAGCGUGAAACACGUUUGCCGAGCGCAUUGCGAGUGCUGCGGGACCGCUGCUAGGAUCGCGAGCGACUCGUGUAGCCGUGGAUGUGGUCGACACGCACCGCCGGAGGGUGAAUUCGACCGAUUCAAACCCCCUUUGAACGAGACGACUGCUACUCACCGCUGUUCAAGUCGAGCGCCUUGUAGACGUGCCUUCUAA